AUGAGAAAACAAAUUACAACAAGUUUAGUAAUUGUUAUUUUCUUUGUACCAACAGUUUUUGCAAGGAAUAUUUUGUUGCAAAUAUUGAGUGAAAAUGAAGAUGGAAUUUGUAAAUCUAUGGUGGAAACUCAAGGCUAUGGUUGUGAAGAACAUAAAGUGACAACAGAUGAUGGUUAUAUUCUGAGUUUACAAAGGAUACCUAAGGGAAUAUCUGGAAAGGAAGCAACUAAUCCACCUGUUCUUCUACAACAUGGACUAUUAAUGGAUGGAAUUACAUGGCUACUAAAUCCUACAGAUGAAUCAUUAGCUUUCAUUCUAGCAGAUAAUGGUUAUGAUGUUUGGAUUGCAAAUACAAGAGGAACUAAGUAUAGCCAAGGACAUACAUCACUUAGCCCUCAAGAUCCAGCUUAUUGGGAAUGGUCAUGGGAUGAAUUGGUGGAUUUUGAUUUACCUGCUACAUUUAAGUAUGUUCAUGAUCAAACUGGCCAAAAGUUACACUAUGUGGGCCAUUCUCUGGGAACUUUGAUUGCAUUUGCAGCAAUUUCAGAAAAUAAGCUAUUAGACAUGUUGAGAUCAGCAGCUUUAUUAAGCCCAAUUGCUUAUUUGGGGCAAAUAAAAUCUCCUCUUGCAAAAAGUGCUUCUCAAAAUUUUAUAGCUGAAGGUUUGUAUUGGUUGGGAAUCCAUGAAUUUGAUCCAAGAGGAGAGGCUGUUGUCAAACUUUUGGAAAAAAUAUGCCAACAUCCAGGCAACAAUUGCAGUGACUUAAUGAAUUCUUUUACUGGCCCAAAUUGUUGUGUGAACUCUUCAAGAACUGAUAUUUUUCUUGAGCAUGAGCCACAGGCAACAGCAACAAAAAACAUGGUCCAUAUAGCCCAAAUGACAAGAAAAGGGACUAUAGAAAAAUUUGACUAUGGAAAUGAUGAAGAAAACAACAAACAUUAUGGUCAACCAAAUCCUCCACAAUACAUAAUUUCAAAUAUACCAAAUAAUAUCCCACUAUUUUUAGGCUAUGGAGGGGCAGAUUAUCUUUCUGAUGUGAAUGAUGUGAAAACUUUGUUGGAUAAAUUGCAAAAUCAUAAUCCAGACAAACUUGUCUUGCAAUAUACAGAAGAUUAUGCACAUGCUGACUUUGUUUUUGGUACAAAUGCUAAAGAAAUUGUGUAUAAUCCUAUAAUGGCCUUCUUUAAACUUAAUUAA